UUUCAUCGACCGCUGAUCAGAUCGCACGUUCCAGACUUAUUUGAGUAUUAUUGCCGUUGCCGUUACCGCAGCCGUUUUCGUUUUCAUCGCACUUUGCCAGAUGAUCAAAUGCUUUAGCACUCAAAGUCGACUUUCCAGUUCUAUUAUUGACGUCGCAGUCUGCUGCCCCAGCUCCGAAUCUCUGUGAGUGAAUGACCAUAACCAAACGGUUGUUUUCAGUAUUAACGCGCUCCGCCAACAAGAAUCUAUAAAAAGAAUAAAAAUCUUUAUUUCUGGUUCGAAAAAAAGCAAACAUAUGUAAUAAUUUAAUCGGUGGCGCGUUUGUGACACUUUAAUGCCGGAGGCUAUCUGACAUUCAUUUUUAAAAAAGAAAUAUUUAUUAAACAUUUCCCCAAAGGUCGUUUCGUUCUGGUGGCUUGCAAUUUUUGAGUUUUUGUUUAUUUUGGACAAACAAAGAGUAAAAGGAUUUUAAAACGUGUGCGAGGCUGCCAAUGCGCUAUUUUUAGCCAACGCACGCAGUAUUUUUUAAUUUUCCCGGAAAAAAAUAAAUGACGAUACUUUUGUACAGCUUGUUGUAUGCUACCUGCCUUUUUCCGUUUUCCCGACUCCGUGAUAGCGAAUGGUGACUGGUGAAUGUGUAAAAGUGUGAACUGUGAAGGUGUUAUUAAUGCCCUGAAGUUCAAGCUAAAAUAACGCGAGAGAAAUACAAAAUUGGAAGCAAGCAUAAUAUUUUUUUUUUUUUUUUUUUUGAGGGAAGAUAUCUGUAUCUGGGUUUAUUGAAUUUUCCAAUUCCCGUCUGAGUGUCAUUAAUAAUAAAUGAUGAAUAUGAAUGAUACCGCCAUUGCCGCCAACAACACCACCACCGUCGCCGCCGCCGUUGCUACCGCAUCGACCCAAGUGUGAGGUUUAUAAUUGAUUGUGACGCGGUGAUUUUGUGUUAUUUUUUUUUAUUGGUUUGUUAGAACGAGCAUUCAACAAUAACAACAACAAAAAAACAACAUCGACAACAUUAAACCAUAAAUUAUUAUUAUACCUCCAUAGAGGAAGCAUUGCAGCCAUAAAAAAAAGAAACAACCAGCAGCGGUAUUUGUUUACCAAAACCAUUAACAAAAUUUUGAUAAAAUUUUGAUGAUAAAAACGCCACAACAUUCUGAAACUCUAUUCGAAAUUAUUGACUUUCCACCGAAUAGUCUCUCAGGAUGAAUUGUACGCUUCUGAUCGCCGUUGCCUGCGUGUUUAUUGCCCUCGUGUCGGGAACUCCUUACAAUGUAAGCACUUCUCUGAAAAAUGCUAAAAGAUCAGUCUAUCACAGUCAUGGACUUGGCCAGCCAACUUUAAUUCAACGAAGCCCCAAUCAGUCUUCAAAACGACCAUCUCUGGAAGAAUACAAGAAACUUCGAAGCAAACUCGUAGAGAAUGAAGAAUCACGUGGCUUCGGAUCGAAGAUCAAACUUAACGCCGAUGAGGUGCUGGCUAAUAAGAUCAUCAUGGCGGCAAAAGUGAAGGAAUUCGAUGAAGGUCUUCGAGUUCCACAUCUCUUCAAUCCAUCUCAACAUUUUUUUAGUGUCAUCGAGAAAAUUCGUCAAUCGGAGCUAUUCAGACUGCUGGAAGCAAUGCCAAAGGGAGCGGUCUUGCAUGCUCACGACACAGCCCUCUGCAGUACUGAUUAUUUGGUGAAUCUGACUUACAAGGCAGACCUUUGGCUAUGCAGUGAUAGUGAUACAGACGCAAAGGAGUUUAUGUUUUCCAAAACUCGUCCAGCUUUGAGGAGCCAGUGUAAAUGGGAGUUGACUUCAAAGGUCCGCGAAGAACGUGGAGCUAAGAAGUUCGAUGAAUAUUUGAGAAACAGGCUAUCACUGUACCCAACGGAGAAGUAUGACGAUGUCAACGCUGCUUGGGAAGAUUUCGUGCACAUCUUCGGAUUGCUCGGAGGAUUGUUGUUCUAUGCACCUGUUUGGGCUGAGUAUUACUAUCAGGCUCUGACGGAAUUCUACGCUGAUGGAGUAAUGUAUCUGGAAUUCCGGACAACUUUGCCAAUCCUCUAUGACAUGGACAACACGGUUUAUACAAACAUUGACACUGCUCGAAUCUAUGAGAAAACUUUGAAGUCAUUUAAGGCCGCGAAUCCUGGUUUCAUUGGCUCUAAACUCAUCUACGCUCCCCAGAGGAACGUUCAAACCAUCAAGAUUGCCGAUUAUAUUUCAACCGCAGUUCAACUGAAGGAGGAAUUUCCAGAUUUCUUUGCCGGUUUCGAUUUAGUUGGUCAAGAGGAACUUGGCAAGCCACUAAUCGAUUUCCUGCCCCAACUCCUUGAGAUUCCCGAUGACAUUAAUUUCUAUUUCCAUGCGGGCGAGACAAAUUGGUUUGGUGCGACCACAGAUGAGAAUCUCGUUGACGCAGUCCUCCUCGGAACCAAACGCAUCGGCCAUGGCUAUGCCCUAAUCAAACAUCCUGCCGUCCUCGCUCAGCUAAAGGAAAACGAUAUCGCCAUCGAAGUGAAUCCGAUUUCAAAUCAAGUACUUCAACUGGUCACCGAUUUGAGGAACCAUCCGUGUUCCCACCUUUUUGCGGACAACUAUCCGGUGGUAAUAUCAUCGGAUGACCCCUCAUUCUGGAGAGCUUCACCCCUGUCACAUGACUUCUACGUUGCAUUCUUGGGCAUUGCAUCGGCCCAUGCUGACUUGAGGUUACUCAAGCAAUUGGCAAUCAAUUCAAUUCAGUACAGCGCUUUGAGUGGAGAUGAAAAGGAGCAGGCGUUAGCAAUGUGGCAGACGAGAUGGGACAGCUACAUUGAUUGGGUGCGGAGUUCAGCUUCAGCGUUAUCGAAUAAUAUCGAUUGACUGGCGGUGGCGGUGCGCGUUGUACCGCCACUCUUCAUUGCUCUCAAGUCCACGACGACGAUGACGUCGUUUUUGUACAAAUAGAGGAUUAAUAAUAAUUACAAUAUUAAAAUUUUCCAUAGAAUAUGAAAGAAAAAGUGUGGAAAAGAUGAACAAGGACAUUCCUAGGAAAUAACAGGACGAACUGUAUUAAAAAAUAAGCUUUAAUUAAGACA